AUUGCACUUUUUCAGUUUUUCGCACUGCGUCUAGAAUCGUCGAUGUGUUCGGUGUGUGAAUGAAAAUCAAAGCGGUAAAUAACAAAAUAUCGAGUAAAAUAGGCGAAUUUCCCUAAAUUGUUUUCCAAACUUGUGACAGUUGCCGAAGAAUCCACAUUCAUCGUACCUCUUCUAGUCCAGCUCGAAAUACUACGCGUUCAAGAUGGUAGAUUACAGCAAAUGGAAGGAUAUCGAAAUAUCCGAUGACGAAGACGAAACUCAUCCAAAUAUCGAUACUCCAUCUUUAUUCCGAUGGCGGCAUCAAGCUCGCGUCGAACGUAUGGAAGAGCAGAAAAAGGAACGAGAAGAGUUCGAGAACAAGAGAACCACGCAUAAGAAACGAUACGAGAAAACCGUUCAAGAUUUGAAAGAAAAAGAAAGCAAGGGAUUAGACGUGGGUGAUUUGAAAAAAGCUUUGACUCAGUUAGAAGCAGAAGCUGCAGAAAUACGUAAAUAUGAAGAAGACAUUAAACGUAAAGAAAAAGUUACUCCUUGGAACGUUGAUACGAUCAGUCAACCCGGAUUUACUAAAACUAUCGUAAAUAAACCCGCUGCUCGUGCUAAAGAAGAACUCUCCGAAGAAGAGAAAGAUGAAAAAUUCAGAGCGUUCGUUAAAGAAAACAAAACAUUACUCGAACAGUUCGGUAUGCUGAAGAGAUACGACGACAGUAAACGUUUCUUACUAGAACAUCCGCAUUUGACUUGCGAAGAAACCGCCAAUUAUUUAGUCAUCUGGUGUAUUAAUUUAGAAAUGGAAGACAAACACAAUUUAAUGGAACACGUAGCCCAUCAGUGUAUUUGUAUGCAAUAUAUUCUAGAAUUAUCUAAACAUUUGGAUACCGAUCCCAGAGCUUGCGUAGGAGCGUUCUUCAGCAGGAUUCAGUUAGCCGAUGAACAAUACAAAGCGGAAUUCCAACAAGAGUUGACCAGUUUUAGAGCUCGAAUAGUCCAACGAGCUCAAGAAAAACUUGACGCAGCUUUACAAGAAAUCGAAGAAAAAGAACGCGAAAAAAGACUCGGUCCAGGCGGUCUCGAUCCUGUCGAAGUUUACGAAUCGCUUCCAGAAGAAUUGAGAAAAUGCUUCGACGAAAGAGAAAUCGAUAUGCUGAAAGAAACCAUCGCUAAAAUGCCUCCCGACGAAGCUGCUUAUCAUAUGAAACGAUGCGUCGAUUCUGGUCUCUGGGUUCCUGAUGCGAAAGCUGCCGAAGCUACCGAAGAAUCUACUCAAGAUAAAGAUACCGAAGAGUCUACUCGAGAAAAGGAUACCGAAGAAGAAAAUAUAUACUCGACUGUUGAAGAAAAAUCGUAAUCGAUCGUCUUGUCAGUGUUUUUAACCGAAUUACUCAAUUUUCAUCCCAGUUAUCUCGUCUUCGUGAAUUCAUAGUCACCUAUCAAGUUUCGUGAAUUUAACUAAACGGAUAAGUAUUUGCGAUAUCAACCUCAAUGUUAUAAAAUUCGGUCAUGGCUCUAAAAAAAAAAAAUGAAAAAAAAAAACAGAAAAA